CUCACAGAGACAAGAGAAAGAUAAAACAAGAAAGGAGAAGAGAGUGCACUGGACUGGAAACAACACAACAUCAACCAACGCAACUGGUCUACAAGGAAACUUCAUAUUCGUUCCGUCUCGGUUCACGAAAGCAGAGGACAUUCAGAGCAAUUGAAUACACUGAAAAUUCCUAACGAUGAAGUCUGGACUACUUAGCGUCCUUAUUUUGGGGACCUUUGCCCUGGGUAUAUGGUGUGUGCCACUGAAGUCGGUUUUUGUUCGUUUUCCAGGAGAUGUUAUCAAAAACAUGACCGAUAAAGAGCUUGCAAAGGACUACCUGAAGCGGUUCGGUUACCUGGGCGACAACACUGUCCUAAUGAAGAGUGGUCUGCAGCCCUCGGUGUCCGUCUCCAAGGCGCUGCAGAGGAUGCAGAGGCAGUUCGGUCUGGAGGAGACGGGCAAGCUGGACGAUGUCACCCUGGAUGCCAUGAAGCAGCCGCGCUGUGGCGUCGUGGACGUUCGCAACUACCAGACGUUCGAGGGAGACCUGAAGUGGAACCACAACGACAUCACCUACAGGGUCCUGAACUACUCCCCAGACAUGGACUACUCUCUGAUCGAUGAUGCCUUCGCCCGUGCCUUCAAAGUGUGGAGUGACGUGACCCCCCUGACCUUCACCCGGCUGUAUGAGGGCGUGGCUGACAUCAUGAUCUCCUUUGGCAAAGCCGACCACGGAGACCCCUACCCAUUCGAUGGCAAAGAUGGCCUGCUGGCCCACGCCUACCCACCUGGUGAGGGGAUGCAGGGGGAUGCUCACUUUGAUGACGAUGAGUACUGGACUCUGGGAACUGGACCAGCGGUGAAGUCCCGCUAUGGAAACUCAGAUGGGGCCAUGUGCCACUUCCCCUUCACGUUCGAGGGUCAGUCCUACUCAUCUUGCACCACUGAGGGCCGCACAGACGACCUACCCUGGUGCUCCACCACGGCCGACUAUGACAAUGACAAGAAGUUUGGCUUCUGCCCCAGCGAGCUCCUGUACACAAUCGAUGGGAACAGCAAUGGUGCCGAGUGCGUUUUCCCCUUCGUGUUUCUGGGCGAGACAUACAAUGGAUGCACCACAGAGGGACGUGACGAUGGGUACCGCUGGUGUGCCACGACAAAGAACUUUGAUGAAGACAAGAAAUACGGUUUCUGUCCCAGCCGAGACACGGCUGUGACUGGGGGAAACUCCGAGGGAGAGCCCUGCCACUUUCCCUUCACAUUCCUGGACAAGACAUACACCUCCUGCACCAGCGAGGGGCGUGGGGAUGGCAGGCUGUGGUGCUCGACCACCAGCAACUAUGACAAAGACACGAAAUGGGGAUUCUGCCCAGACAAAGGAUACAGCCUGUUCCUGGUCGCUGCUCAUGAAUUCGGACAUGCUCUCGGCCUGGACCACUCCAACAUUCAGGACGCCCUAAUGUACCCCAUGUACAAAUACGUGGAGAAGUUCUCCCUGCAUGAAGAUGACAUCGAAGGCAUUCAGUAUCUCUAUGGAUCACACACUGGCCCCAACCCUCCUAAGCCCCCUAAACCCACAAGCUCAGGGUCCACCACAGAGCGCCCUCCAGUCACCGACACCACCAAGAGGCCCUCGGUCAAGACAACCACCAGCCCAACCACCACCACCACCAUCCGGCCAGACCCUUCAAAGGACGCAUGCCAGAUGGAGAUGUUUGACGCCAUCACCGAGAUCCAGGGGAAACUCCACUUCUUUAAGGACGGGCUCUAUUGGAAGUCAACUGGAAAGGACCACAAAGGCCUGUCAGGGCCCUUCCCCAUGGCUGACAUGUGGCCAGAUCUGCCUCCUGUUAUUGACACUGUCUUUGAGGAUCAGCUCACCAAGAAGAUCUACUUCUUCUCAGGCACUAGGUUUUGGGUCUACACUGGACAGAACGUCCUGGGGCCUCGCAACAUCGAGAAGCUCGGCCUCCCCAGCACGCUGAGCCGGGUGGAGGGGACCCUGCAGAGAGGCAAAGGAAAGGUCCUUCUCUUCAGCGGAGAAAACUACUGGAGACUGGAUGUCAAAGCUCAGAUCAUUGACAAAGGAUACCCGCGCUACACUGACCAGGUCUUCGGUGGGGUUCCCACUGAUGCCCAUGACGUAUUCCUCUACAAAGGACACACUUAUUUCUGCCGCGGCCGCUUCUACUGGAGGAUGAAUUCUCGUCGGCAAGUGGACAGAGUUGGCUACGUGAAGUACGACAUCCUGAAAUGCCCUGAGUACAACUCCUACCCUGCAAUGGAUUCACAGGAGAUGGAGGUGGAGAGCAGCAGCGACGUGGGCCCGUCCUCGGCCAUGGACAUGGAGGAGCCCUCGGAGAGCGGCAUGGGCAUGGAGUCCUCGGAGGCCAUGUCGGCCGACAGCAGCGACGCCGCACACGCACACGCGCCCGCCUCCGCCGCCACUAUGGCACCCGAGUCAGACUGCCACGUGGGACAGAGCUCGGAGGGGCUGGUGGUAUUCAUCCCGGAGACGAGCUCGAGCACCGACGUGCACGGCGGCCUGCAUCUGCCCGACUCCUCGUCCGUGGCCCAGUCCACCAGCGUGUCCAGCGUCUCCACGGUGACGCAGUCGGUGCUGGUGUCGGAGUCGGCCCAGGUGGUGGUGCACUCCAGCGCCGCGGUGUCGGACGGGGGCAUGAUGGUGUCGGACUCCACCGCCUCCACCUCCUCCGACCUGGGAUCCGCCAUCGACAAGAUCAUCGAGUCCACCAUCGGCCCCGAUAUUAUGAAUGGAUGUAUAGCCGUAACGAGUGCAGAAGAUGGUUCAGCUGAGACAACACAGUACCUGAUCUUACAAGGACCGGAUGAUGGAGCUCCUAUGGUGGCCCAGAUGUCCUCGUCCGCGCUGUCCAGCCGCAUCGCCAUCGACGCCCUGGCGGACGGGCCCACCUCCACCUGCCUGGAGCAGGGCGACAUGGGGGACGCCGUGCAGGGCAGCAGCAGCAGCAGCCUGGAUCCCGACCAACCAGACCAGACGGGACACUCCGGCUACCCAGAACACGAAGCCGGCAGCAGCAGCAGCAGUAGUAGCAGCAGCAGCAGUAGUAGUAGGCCUGAUCAGACAGCUGGGGAGGCACAUUGCAGCAGUGAUCACCCGUCUCGGACUCGAACUCGAGCUCGGCCGCUGUCCCGUUUCCCGCACUAUGGUGGUGGUGGUGAGGACGACGACUCCAGCGAGCCUUUGCAGAGCUACGCAGAGUGCAGCGGCACCAUGGACUCCUCCUCACACCCCCACCACAGCCGCCACGGCCGCCAUGGUCACAGCCAUAGUCACAGCGCACGCUACGUGGUGGAGUGCAGUAACGGCUACAUAGACUGCAGUCCGGAGGGGGGUAGUGUCGACGGAGGGGUGGGCGACGACGCAGAGGCCGAGAGGCCUCAGAACUCGCGCUACGACAUCGACAGCAGCAGUGCUGCUGUGGGCCGCGGAGGAGGGUCGCUGGUCCAGCGCAUCGCACAAUACGUGAAGCUGGUGUCGACGGCGGGAUCCGAGGACGACCAGCAGCCCGGCUGCUCACAUCACUACCGGGUCCACGAGACCAGCACCACCAGCAGCAGCACGCAGCCCGACCAGCCAGCGCACGGUGGCGGUGCCGACGACGACUCCAACGGCUACAUUGAGUGCAGCACGGGCCAGGGCUCGCUGUACGCGGACGAGGGCACGGCGUCGGGCUCGUCACCGCGGCAACGCUCGUUAGCGGACACGGUGGCGGGAAGCAGCGACCUGGCGUACGAGGCCGAGGCCAUGGAGUGCAGCGAAAGCCAGGCGGGAACCUACAUCAGCAGCAGCGGCACCUACACCGCCCAGCUCGAACCCGAACCGGAGCCCGAACCGGAGGCAGAGGCAGUGGCUGUAGCCCAGUGGUCCCCUGGUGUGAGCGGUGGUGGAGGAGAUGGGGAUGGGGAUGGAAGAGAGAGGAGUGAAGGAGUGGUGCAGCAGCAGGUGGAGGGGAGUGGAGUAGUGCUGGUGGAGGAAUCAGGGGUGGUGGAAGGGGCCGGUGAAGGGGUUGAGGGUGAGGGUGAGGGUGAGGGUGAGGGUGAGGGUGAAGGUGGUGGGGGUGACAGGGGGCCAGAUCUGGCAGCGCUGGAGGAGAUGAUGGAGGUGGUGAUCGUGCAGCAGUUCAAGUGCAAGAUGUGCCCCUACAAGAGCGUCUCCAAGGACACGCUCAUCAACCACAUGAGGGACAGACACUUCAACAAGUCUCCUGGUGCAUUGCCGAAGAAGAGGGGUCCCGGCAGGCCGCGGAGGGCGGAGGCGGCCAUGAAACAGGCGGCCGGGGUAACGGUGAAGGUGGAGGAGCCGGCCGAGGAAGAAGAGGAUGACAUCGUGGAUGCCGGUGCCAUCGACGACCGAGAAGGGGACAGUGACUACAGUCCAGCUGAGCAGGAGCAUCGCCGCAAGCAGCAGGCUGCAGCCCAGAGCCAAAGCCAGGGCCAGGGCCCCUCCUCCUGCCCCUCAUCCUCCCAGGACCGGCCCCGCCGCAGGGUGGGACGGCCAAAGAAGUUCAGCUACUUCUAUGGCAGCCAGGAAGCGGAGGGAGUAUCCAAAGCUAACGGUAGUGUGGAUACUCCGGGAUCAGAAGAAGCCAGUUCUUCAGGGCUGGGCAAUGGAACCACCCCUUUGGCCAAUGGCACCCAAGCGGAACCAGGGGUCAGCCAAUCAGAUUCUGAGAACAAAGACCCAUCAUCCAAUACCGGGCCCAAAGAUGGAGAGUUUGUCACAAAGAAACGCGGUCGGCCAUCCAGAAGGUUUCUACGGAAGAAAUACAAGAAGUACAUGAAUAAAAACAAGUACCCGCUGCUGAGGCCCCAUAACUGCUGGAUCUGUGGCUCGCGCUUCCUCUCCAAGGAGGACCUGCGCUUCCACAUCGACUCCCACGAGGGCAACGACCCCGAGCUCUUCAAAUGCCUCCAGUGCAACUACCGCUGCAAGCGCUGGUCCUCACUCAAGGAGCACAUGUUCAAUCAUGAGGGAACCAAGCCAUACAAGUGUGAGGAGUGCGACUACACGAGUGUUUACAAUAAAGAUGUGAUCCGCCACUCAGCUGUUCACAACAAAGAAAAGAAAAAGAAGGACAAAGAGUUGGAACCCAAGGUGUCUGAGUUCCCCUGUCCUAUAUGUCACAGAGUGUACCCUAUGCAGAAGCGCCUGACCCAGCACAUGAAGACGCACAGCACAGAGAAACCACAUGUCUGUGACAAGUGUGGAAAAUCCUUCAAGAAGCGGUACACAUUUAAAAUGCACCUUCUAACUCACAUCCAAACUUGUGGAGAAAGCAGGUUUAAGUGUGAAUUUUGCGAGUACGUUUGUGACAACAAGAAACUGCUGCUGAACCACCAGUUGUCACACACCAGUGAUAAGCCCUUCAAGUGUGACUACUGCAAAUACUCCACCACCAAAGAGGACUUCCUGGUGUCCCACCUAGCCAUCAAACACACUGGUGAGAAGCCGUUCUCGUGCGAGCAGUGCCACUUCACGACGAAGCACCGCAAGAACCUGCGGCAGCACAUGCGCUGCAAGCACCCGGAGCUGUACGAGGAGUGGAGCCAGAACCACCCCGAGGAGCCCGUGCGGCGCUGCAGACGACCCUUCUUCACCCUGCAGCAGAUCGAGGAGCUCAAGCAGCAGCACGAGGCGCAGGGCCUGCACAACGCCAUAGUGGCUGUGGAUCCCGUGACGCUUCAGGCCGUUCAGGCCAUUGACAACGCCUCAGUGGCUCAGGAUGCCCAGGGAAACACCACCAUCAUCUACGAACAAGGCUCUUCAGACCUGUCUGCACAGAAUGCCCUGGAUCUGCUGCUGAAUAUGAGCAAUGCCCGGGAGCUCGUUGGAAACUCACUUCAGGUUGUGGCUCUUAAGUCAGAUGGUAAGACGCUGGAGCCGGGGACGUGGGUGGAGGCGGAAGAGGGGGCCCAGGUGGCCGGCUCGCUGCAGCCCCAGAAGGUUGUGACCUUCCACGUGGCGGAGAAUGGUGAGACGCUGGUGCAGGAGGCGUUCGAGUCGAGCAUCGGCGACGCCGGCGGUGAGAUCACGCAGAUCUCCAUCGGAGCCUACGAGGGGGCGGCGGACUUCACUGUAGUGGAGCAGGCGGCCGAGGAGAUGAACAGCGCAGAGACAUCUUAUAGUGCAGAGGAGAUCUCCGCCGAUGCCCAGCCUGUGGAGGUGGCCAGUGACGAGGUGUCUGACUCUGGGUCAGUGCAGGAGCACAAGGACAAGUUCUACCUCAGCUCCAGCCUCUCCGAUGGAGUCAUGAUGCAACAGGUGGAGCUGAGCAGUGAGUCGUCGGGCUCCCAGCUGGUGGCGGGGGAGCAGCUGUGUGCCAAGCGCUUCUCCUGCCGCAUCUGCAUGGAGUCCUUCCACGGACGCUCCGACAUGGAGAACCACAAGAGGGCGCACGUCGACUCCAACACCUUCAAGUGCCUCGACUGCAACUACACCGCCACCUCCUGGCUGGAGGUCAAGACUCACAUGGACGAGCAUUCAGACCUGCGUCCCCAUAAGUGCAGCAGCUGCAGCUUUGCCUCCAAGAACAAGAAGGACCUGAGGCGCCACAUGAUGACCCACACCAACGAGAAGCCCUUCACCUGCGACAUCUGUGGACAGAGGUUUAACCGUAAAGGGCACCUGAAGUUCCACAUGGACCGGCUCCACAGCCAGGAGUCCCCGCCCUCCAAGAAGGCCCGACAGGAGGCUCAGCAGCAGCAGCAGACCAUCAUCGUCAACAGCGACGAGGAGGCACUGGCCACGCUGCAGUCCCUGCAGGCUGGUCAGACGGUGAUCAGCCCCGAGCAGCUACAGCAGGCCCUGGGGCAGGAACACAUCAUAGUGGCCCAGGAGCAAGCACUCUCCGACCAGGAGGAGGCCACAUAUAUUCAGCAGAUCACAACAGUGGAUGGCCAGACAGUCCAGCACCUUAUGACUGCUGAUAACCAACAGGUGCAGUACAUCAUCUCCCAGGAUGGAGUCCAGCACCUGAUCCCCCAGGAGUAUGUGGUCGUAUCCGAUGGCAACCACAUCCAGAUGCCAGAUGGGCAGAUUGCACAGAUCCAGUACGAGCAUGACGGAGCUUUUCUACAGGAGCAGCAGAUUGCGUUGAGCCAUGAGGGCCAGAUCCAGUACGUGCCCCUGAACUCUGAGCAGCAGAUCGUGAGCCCUGAGGAGCUGGAGGCCGCGGCCCACUCAGCUGUUACAGCUGUUGCAGAUGCGGCCAUGGCGCAGGUCCAGACGGUCUACACGGAGGCCACUGCAGAACAGCUGGAGCAGCUGCAGCAGCAGGGAAUCCACUACGAUGUCAUCACCUUCGCAGAGGACUAGACACAUACACGCACAUACACACAACACACUCACACCUGCACACACGUUCAUACAUGCAAAACACACAAGCAAUACAUACAACACACAUACAAAUGCAAUACACACAUGUAACACACACAUGCAACACACACACAUACACAUUUGAUACAUACUCACGCAUGCAACACAAGCACGCAUACAUAUGACACGCACACGCACACUCACACAUGCAACACACGCACUUGCAACACACACCCACAUACACAUGCAACACACACUCACACACAAACAAUUAAACUGCUUUCUGGUUUCUGGUGUAAUUUCUGUACAUAGUGAAGCGUCAUGACACCGCAGACACACUGAUGCAUUUUUGCAGUACUGUGUCUGAGUUCUAGGGCACUUGCGCAUUGCAUCAAGAGUUCUAGGCGCUCUGGUGGAUUGUUCUGCUGCAUUGUUGCAACAUUCUAGAACACCAUUGCAGCGUUCUAGUGGCUUGUGAGGGGAUUCCGUCGCUUGAGGCAAGGCGGAUUGUAAUAUAGAUAAGAGCUUUUUUUUAUUCUUUUGAAGAAGAAAAAUAUAAACCCAUUGCUCGCUUUUGGCUCCUGUCAGUUGGGUGCUGCACUAUAUAAGAGGCUGAAAAAAACUUUAGGGGAUAAUAAGUGACUUUGUAUUAAUUAUUUAAGAUUAUUUUUUAUUUUAUUAAUUUAUCUACAAAUGUGCCUGAGCUGCUCUUGAAGAUAUAUUAGCUGACAUAUUGUUCUUUUUCUUUUUUUACAAUCAUGUCAUUAUUUGUUGUUUAGAGGGUUGAGUGGACUGCAGUGGUACUAUGUACUAUUUUUCAGAGUAGCUCCAUUGUCGUGGAGGUUGACAGAUGAGCGUGUGGCCUAUGGCUAUGCCUUUGGAAUGGAUGAUGUCUUCUGUUAUUAUUAUGUGUUGAUCAGUUGCAAAUGUUUUGUUUUUCAUACUAGUUGAAGCUUUGCUAGAGAUGGCAGAAAUCAGAGUGAACUUAAAACCUGAAACCAAAUAAAUCACUUUACAUCAA